AUUUUAUUGGCACCUGAGUCAGUUAGCGGUUAAAAAUUCGCAGGCUUGAGAAAAAUGAUGGGUGCUUUAUCAUUGGCAUAUCCAUUCAGCAGAGUCACAGCCACCAAAGUAAGUGAAGCUCAAGCUAAACCUAACAAUGGCUUCCCUUCGUUUCUUCCGAAGCAAGUUCACACUAUCAAAGACCCCUUUGCUCGAAACCUCGCCAUGCGUAUUCACCGCCUACCCGUUUCUGUUAAGUUCUCAGAGAAUCCUAUCAUGAGUAGUUGUGUGAAGCCGUUAAUGAUACAGAACAAGGCAAAUCCAGUUGUCCUUCUUCACGGUUUCGACAGCUCAUGUUUAGAAUGGAGAUAUACAUUUCCAUUGCUUGAGGAGGCUGGUUUUGAGACAUGGGCCUUUGACAUUCUCGGUUGGGGAUUCUCCGAUCUAGCAGAAAAACUUACUUCAUGUGAUGUGGUAUCAAAGCGCGAACACUUCUAUCAGUUUUGGAAGUCUUACAUCAAAAGGCCAAUGAUAUUGGUUGGACCAAGCCUUGGCUCCGCUGUCGCCAUUGAUUUUGCAGUCAAUUAUCCGGAAGCUGUGGAAAAGCUUGUUUUGAUUGAUGCUAGUGUAUAUACAGAGGGAACAGGAAACCUAGCAACCUUACCUAGACUUAUAGCCUAUGCCGGGGCAUAUGUAUUGAAGAGUGUUCCAUUACGGUUGUAUGCAAACUAUAUGACGUUCAAUGACAUUUCUUUCAGUACCAGCCUUGAUUGGACUAAUAUCGGCCGCUUGCAUUGUUUGUUUCCAUGGUGGGAGGAUGCUACAGUGGAUUUUAUGAUUAGUGGUGGUUAUAAUGUUGUUUCCCAGAUAAGAAAGGUAAAGCAGAAAACACUUGUCAUUUGGGGAGAGAAUGAUCGGAUCAUCAGCAAUAAGCUUGCUGUGCAACUGCACUGUGAGUUAUCUGAUGCAAUUAUACGCCAAAUACCAGAUUGCGGCCACCUUCCACAUGUCGAAAGACCGGCUUCUGUCGUCAAAUUCAUUAUUGAGUUUGUUCAGAGAGAAACCAAGUUAGUAAAUCAAUGUGUUUCAGCAGAAUGAUCACCUUUUUCCACUCUCCAACAGAGAAAAUUACUGAACAGGUAACAUUUUGCAAAAGGAGCAAGCUGGUGAUCAAUAGAGUUAAAUAUGUUCAAAACAACAUUGUUAUGCUCGAAACUAACAGGAGACAAUCUUGAUUCUUGAUUCUUGUUGGAAUUCCAUAUCCCUAACAUUAUGUAUUAGAGAAUGUGUAGACUGUUGUUCUUCAUUCAGUCAUAAUUUUUCUUAGCUUAACCAUGAUUUUGUUUUGUGACA